GCCGUGACGUCACCACCGACCGACACAUCUUUGUCAGUGAACAAAAUGGCAACGUACUGUCUCACUGUCGCCCGGCUUCAGCUGGCGCUGGGCCAUGGCGCACGCCGCCUGCAUGUAUCGGCAGCUUACAGAGCCAAGGCCAAAGUGUCUAUGAGCCGCUUUGAGCCCACUUCCUUCGUCAACUAUGAGUGGCUCCAAUCCAACGUUGACAUUGUGCGAUCAAGACUCAACCGUCCCCUCACCCUGUCAGAGAAGAUCGUUUACGGCCAUCUCGAUAACCCCGAGAAUCAGGAGAUCGAUCGCGGUCGCACUUACCUGCGGCUGCGUCCCGACCGUGUGGCCAUGCAGGACGCCACGGCCCAAAUGGCGAUGCUCCAGUUCAUCAGCAGCGGCCUGCCGACGGUGGCCGUGCCCUCCACCAUCCACUGUGACCACCUGAUCGAGGCCCAGACCGGAGGAGUUGCGGAUCUGGCCCGGGCAAAGGAAGUCAACGAGGAGGUCUACAACUUCCUGUCCAGCGCUGGGGCAAAAUAUGGCGUCGGCUUCUGGAAACCAGGCUCUGGAAUCAUCCAUCAGAUCAUCCUCGAGAACUACGCCUACCCAGGUGUGAUGCUUAUCGGCACAGAUUCCCACACACCUAACGGCGGCGGGCUUGGUUCCAUCUGCAUCGGCGUUGGCGGAGCAGACGCUGUCGACGUCAUGGCAGGAAUCGCCUGGGAGCUCAAGUGUCCCAAGGUGAUUGGUGUGAAGUUGACCGGUACCCUCUCCGGCUGGACGUCUCCUAAGGAUGUCAUCUUGAAGGUGGCCGGCAUCCUGACAGUGAAGGGAGGCACUGGCGCCAUCGUAGAAUACCACGGUCCAGGAGUGGACUCCAUAUCCUGCACUGGGAUGGCCACCAUUUGCAACAUGGGUGCAGAGAUUGGAGCCACGACCUCAGUGUUCCCCUACAACCACCGCAUGAAGACCUACCUGGAGAAGACUGGACGUGGACAGAUCGCUGCCCUGGCUGAUGAAUACGCAGACUUGUUGGUACCAGAUGAAGGCUGCGAGUACGACGAGCUCAUCGAGCUCAAUCUGGACGAGCUGAAGCCUCACAUCAACGGACCCUUUACCCCUGACCUGGCUCACCCAGUGUCUAAAAUAGGUGCUGUUGCUGAGAAGAACGGCUGGCCGCUGGAGGUUAAAGUUGGUCUGAUCGGCAGCUGUACCAACUCCAGCUACGAGGACAUGGGCCGCGCUGCCUCUGUGGCCAAGCAGGCUUUGGAUAAAGGCCUGAAGUGCAAAGCUCACUUCACAGUCACCCCUGGCUCCGAGCAGAUUCGCGCCACCAUCGAAAGAGACGGAUACUCAAAGAUCCUCAGUGAUGUUGGAGGUGUGGUCCUGUCCAACGCAUGUGGACCCUGCAUUGGGCAGUGGGACAGGCAGGAUGUGAAAAAGGGGGAGAAGAACACGAUCGUCACUUCCUUCAACAGAAACUUCACUGCCAGGAAUGAUGCCAACCCUGCAACACACGCCUUUGUUACCUCCCCUGAGAUUGUCACUGCCAUGGCAAUCGCCGGCACAUUGAACUUCGACCCCGAGACGGAUUACCUCACAGCCGCCAACGGUGAGAAGUUCAUGCUGGAGGCGCCCUACGGAGAUGAACUACCCGCCAAGGACUUUGACCCGGGCCAGGACACCUACCAGCACCCUCCUCCAGACGGCUCCAGCAUCAAGGUGGACGUCAGCCCUAAAAGCAACCGGCUACAGCUGCUGGAGCCCUUUGACAAAUGGAACGGCAGUGAUCUCGAGGACAUGAACGUCCUCAUUAAGGUGAAAGGCAAAUGUACCACAGACCACAUCAGUGCUGCUGGACCUUGGCUGAAGUUCCGCGGUCACCUGGAUAACAUCUCCAACAACAUGCUGAUCGGUGCGGUCAACAGCGAGAACGAGGCCAUCAACAAGCUGAAGAACUACCUGACGGGGGAGUACGGCGGCGUCCCUGAUGUGGCCCGUCACUACAAGGCCAACGGGGUGUCCUGGGUUGUGGUCGGAGACGACAACUACGGCGAGGGCUCCAGCAGAGAGCAUGCUGCGCUGGAGCCCAGGCAUCUGGGAGGAAGAGCCAUCAUUGUCAAGAGCUUUGCCAGAAUUCACGAAACUAACUUGAAGAAGCAGGGUAUGCUGCCGCUGACCUUCAGCAACCCAUCAGACUACGACAAGAUCUGCCCCGAUGACAAGAUCUCCAUCAGAGGACUCCAAACCCUCACUCCAGGAAAGCCUCUCACCGCCGUCGUGAAGCACGGCGACGGCAGCGAGGACACCCUGGUGAUGCUCCACAGCUUUAACCAGACGCAGAUCGAAUGGUUCCAGGCCGGCUCCGCCCUCAACAGGAUGAAGGAGCUGCAGUGAGCAAAGAGGAGCGAGGAACAAACGUGUGGAGGAGUGAGGAGGAUUCUUUUCAGGGGAGGGGGGGGGGGAACAGGGUGGUGAGGAUGUGGAGGGUGAACAAUGUAGACGCUGUUAAUGAUUGCUCCAUCAGCUGCAUCAGAAAACACAGUUUGGACUUCAGAAAUGUGUCGGUAAAGCUCAACGAGUUAAAUUAGUUCAGACGUGCCAUGCUGAUGUUGUUGAUGGGACAAGAGCAACUGCUCUGCGUUCUGGAAGCUGCCUGUUCGCUGCUAUGUUUUAAAGUCAAACUACGGUUUGAAAUCGGAGUCUGUUGUAAAAAUAAGCUUGGACACGCACUCUGACACGCUAAGCUUUGACCCAAACGGUGACAUAAUAUUUUUGCAGGUGGAAGCCACUUCACACUGGAGCUCAGCCCGCCAAUCACACACUUGUUUGAGGAUUUUGUUGCACACACUGCAUGAAAAUAAUCAGCUUUAGUCUAUGAUUGUCAUUCAACCUGCACCGGUGUUGUUUACUCUCCUACCUUGAGCUGUUAAAACACUGCUGCACCGCUGGGUCCAUUUACUUGUUUAUUGUAGUUGCAACGACCUCAUGGAUCCAAAAAGGAACUUGUGAGUUCAUUUAUUUUCUGUGUGCCCCCUAGUGGCCCAGAGGCGAUACUACAGUGUCAACAAGGCAGCGUAAAGCACAUUUUAUUUAAAUAGGCAGUUUUGAAAGCAGCACCUAGUGACGCUGCUGCUCUGGGAAACGUAGUGCUGGGGCAGCUUGAGAGAAAGUGGAUUCAACAUAAAAGUAAAUGAGUAAUUUGAACAUGACGGAUUGAUUACUGUUAAUCUAACUGAGCAUUAAGAGGUCAGUUUUUGUAUCCACGUCUUUUAGCAAAGUAUGUUUUUAUUCAUCACGGUACAAAAGGUUAAAGAAAGGCUUGUUUGCUUUACUACUGUGUAAGAAGAAACUUCUUCUUCCCUGACUCAUCUUUAAACUGCACUCCUGUUCAAUCCUUAAGGUCAAAAGUAUGCUCUGCUUGUUUAUUUAUAUUUUUCUGCAAACGGUUCUGAUCCUGUGUGCCAUAAACGUAAACUUCUUUAUACUUCACGCACAAGUUCAACAUGGACCUGUGCGUGAACUUCACACCUGUGUUUUCAGUGCCCUCUUUUGCCGGGUAAUGUUACUUUUACCUCAACAAAAAUAAAACUGAAUUGAAAAGGUAACUGUACUGUCAAUUUUAGAAGAAUUUGGAGACUCAUAACUCCAGAUUAUUGUAAUUUUCUUUGAUUCCCUUUACGGUCGCUGCAAACUAAAUGCAUCGAGGUUAAUCAGAUGAAGGGUAAAACCACUCUUCUCAAUCUGUGAUGUCUGAUCAAUGUAUAUUUAAGUGUUGUGCUGUUUUCUCCCAGAUUAUCUUUUCUGUAUUACAGAAAUGCCAAAUGGGUUGUAAAAUAAAAAAUCACAGAUCUCAUUUAUUUA